CAGCGGGCCUGAGGUCAUCCGACCGCCCCGGCGCGCCGCCCCCCCGCCCUAUAAACCACCCGGUCCCUGCGCGCUCCCGCCGCCCGACCGCAGCGAUGGCGUUCACCGGGAAAUACGAGCUGGUGUCUCAUGAGAACUUCGAGCCCUUCAUGAAGGCGAUCGGGCUCCCGGACGAGCUGGUCCAGAAGGGCAAGGACAUCCGGAGCGUCUCGGAGAUCGAGCAGAGCGGCGACUCCUUCAAGGUGACGGUGACCACAGGCAGCAAGGUGCUGGUGAACCAGUUCACUCUGGGCCAGGAGAGCGAGCUGCAGACGCCCACGGGCGAGAAGGUCAAGGCUGUGGUGACGAUGGAGGGAGGGAACAAGCUCAAGGUGUGUCUGAACGGGAUCAAUUCGGUCACAGAGCUGUGUGGAGACCAGAUCAUCAAUACCAUGACCCUCGGAGGCAUUGUGUACAAAAGGAUAAGCAAGCGCAUUUAGAGCCGAGUGGGCGUGUCAAUAAAGCACGAGAGCGAUCA